AUAUGCCUUUAGUUAGUAAUAGUGUUACUCUUUUGUUCUAUAUAUAUAACUUACUUGAUCACUAUUUGAUUCUCACAGAGCAAGAGCGUGUUCAUUGAUUAUUGAUAUUUCUGCAAGCACUUUUGAAAUUGUUUCGACGAAAUGGCUAAGACAAUCAAGUUGUUUGGGUUUGAUUCAAUUAAGCCUACAAACGCAGUGAAGGAAUUUGUGGAGGGAUAUACGGGUGAAGGAACAGUCUGUGACGUAGUAGAAGUUGGGCAAAAAGAAGGUUCAAGGGCAUAUGCCAUAGUUGAAUUCACAACCGUGGAAGCCGCAGAGUUGAUCGUGCGCGGGGCUACUGAAAAACUUAUAUGGGAUGGGGAUUCAUAUCUGAAAGCUUGUUAUUUGGACGGUGAUAGCAUAUCACCAAAGGCGAGAACUCCUCAGCACAGGAUUGACAAUGCAAGGUUGAACUUUGGCUGCCAGAUUUCAAAGGAGACGUUUUCUGUGCUCUGGUCACAGGAAAAUGUUUCUGUGAAAUUUGACUCCGAUAGCAGAAAUUUUACCUUCUUUCUAUCAUACGAUUCUGAGGAGUAUAAGCUCGAGGUUUCUUACGAGACAAUUUGGCAGAUUGAGCUAAAACGCCCACUCGAUCAAUCUGUGAAGUUUCUUGUCAUCCAGCUAUAUGGAGCUCCUCUUAUUUAUAAGAGAGAUAUCCACUGGGAACGGACAAUUGAUUUUACUCCAUCCUUCAGCAUUGGAAAAUCAUCUGGUAUGUGUUUGAAGCUUCCAGGCAGGGGCCAUGUUCCAAAAGUUCUGAAAGAUUUCUUUUUCUACAAGGAAAGUCCAGGGAACUUGAGUCUAGAGAAAGAUUCUACUUUCUCCUGCAAUUCUGAUCUUGUCCCAAUUGUAAGUCCACCUCAAGGUAUUGACUUGCCAUUUAGGAUCUUGUUCAAAAUUAAUUCCUUGAUUCAGCACGGUUGUAUUCCGGGGCCAGCACUUGACGUCAAGUUCUUUCGCUUCGUUGAUCCAAGCAGAAUAGAUAUAGCACUCAUAGAGCAUGCUUUGGAGAAGCUGUUUUAUCUAAGAGAAUGCUGCUAUGACCCUGUAAGUUGGCUCAAAGUUCAAUACAGAAACUACUUAAAGUCUAAGCCAGUUCUUGGAUCGCCUACCAUUGCCUUGGAUGAUGGGUUAGUAUAUGUGCACAAGGUUUUGGUAACCCCCACCAAAAUAUACUUUUGUGGUCCAGAAGUCAGUCUCUCCAAUCGUGUCUUACGCAGUUAUCCUGAUGACAUUGAUAAUUUUCUUCGAGUUUCUUUCGUUGAUGAGGAUAUGGGUAAAUUGUUUUCAACAGUUUUAUCUCCUAGGACAUCAGAAGAAAGGCGUACAGGAAUAUAUCAAAGGAUAAUGUCAAUUCUCCGAAAUGGCAUAGUCAUAGGAGACAAGAAGUUUGAAACCCUUGCUUUCUCAAAUAGUCAAGUAAGAGAGAAUACUUUAUGGAUGUUUGCAUCUAGACCUGGGCUUACUGCAGCAGAUAUUAGAGAGAGCUUGGGUGAUUUUCAUGAGAUAAAAAAUGUGGCAAAAUAUGCAGCCAGACUUGGUCAGUCUUUGAGUGCAUCCAGGGUAGCUGUGCAUGUUGAUAGGAAGGACAUCGAAAUAAUUCCUGAUGUGGAAGUCGAAAGAAAUGGAAUUAAAUAUGUUUUCUCUGAUGGGAUCGGGAAAAUAUCUUCCGAACUAGCACAAGAAGUGGCAAAAAAAUGUGGUUUCACAAGCCAUACUCCAUCUGCCUUCCAAAUUCGAUAUGGUGGGUUCAAAGGUGUUGUAGCUAUUGAUCCAAAUUCUUCAAUGAAGUUAUCAUUAAGACCCAGUAUGUUAAAAUUCGAAUCAGACAGCACUAGUCUGGAUAUUUUGGAAAAUAGCAAAUAUCAGCCUUAUUUUCUAAAUCGCCAGUUAAUCACCCUCUUGUCGACCCUUGGUAUUAAAGAUGAUGUUUUUGAAAGGAAGCAGAGAGAGGCGAUAGCUCAAUUAGAUGCAAUUUUGACAGACCCUUCAAGGGCACUUGAGGCACUCGGAUUGAUGUCUUCAGGGGAGAGUACAAAUGUUCUCAAGGAAAUGCUUAAGUGUGAUUACAGGCCAGAUGCAGAACCGUUUCUCUCACUGAUGCUACAGACAUUCCGCGCAUCAAAUCUGCAGGACUUGCGAACUAAAGCAAGGAUAUUUCUUCCCAAAGGACGAAAUAUGAUGGGAACUCUGGAUGAGACAGGGACGUUAGAAUAUGGACAGGUCUUUGUGCAAUAUUCUCACUCAAGAUGUAGUCAAUUUUCUGAUAGUCUCUCCCCCCAAUCUCGUGGAAAUGAAUCAGGUCAACGCAGUGUUUGUAAGGGAAAGGUGGUGGUUGCUAAAAAUCCAUGUCUUCAUCCGGGAGAUAUGCGUGUUUUAAAAGCUGUGGACGUGCCAGCUUUGCACCAUAUGGUGGAUUGUGUGGUUUUCCCAGCAAAAGGAAAAAGGCCCCAUCCAGAUGAAUGUUCAGGGAGUGAUCUCGAUGGAGACAAUUAUUUUGUAUGUUGGGAUAAUGAUCUCAUUCCUCCUCGUCAGUUUCCUCCCAUGGAUUAUAACCCAGACCACCUAAGCACUAUUGAUGAUGUUGAGGAGUACUUCGUGACUUUAUUUCAAGACACGUUGGGCAUAAUCAGUAUGCCCAGUGUCUUUGCAGAUAAAGAACCAAGAAGGCAGGAGUAAGCAAUGUUCAGCUCGCCCCCACUAUCCUCCAUUGCCGUGGAUUUUCAGAAAUGGUGUGGCAGCGAAAUACCAGGUGAACUACGUGUCAAGAAAUAUCCAGACUUCAUGGAUAAGCCUGACCAUAUGACCUAUCAUCAGAGCGUGUAUGGGAAGGCUGUAUCGAGAGUUAAAAGGCAUUGCACCACUACAGCAACUAUCAAGCCUUCACUAAGGAAGUAGAAUGAGGUCUUUUGAUUCGAUAUGUUAGUAGGUGGUUUCAAGAAAUAUGUCAAAGAAGCUCUCUAUUACAAAUGCGAGUAUGAUAGUAGGUUGAGUAACCUGAUGAAGCAUUAUGGAAUCGAAACUGAGGCUGAAAUAGUCAGUGGAUACAUCAUUAAAAUGGCAAAAUGUUUUCAUAAGAGAAGGGAUCUGGAUGCAAUUACUUCUGCCACAAGGUCAAUAAGAAAGGAAGCCAGGGCCUGGUUCAACAAGGCAAGUGAGUCAGGUUCUAGUAAUUCUGAUGUUAAUGAUGUAGAUGCAAAGGCUUCAGCAUGGUAUUAUGUCACAUACCAUCACAGUUGUUGGGGUCAUUGCAUCAAAGAAGGAAUUACGCGUGUACAUUUCCUCAGCUUUCCAUGGUGUCUUCAUGACACACUCAUUGAAAUCAAGAAGAAAAAGAAAAAUGAGCGACUAAGAGCAAGUGAUGGACAUUAUUUUUCAUCGCUAGUGCGCCAUUUCAGUAAUGGCUUGAGCUUUUAGUUGGUGGAGCGAUUUGAAUGGUGUUCAGUACCUAAGUAUCUGCAUAUGCUUGUUCCUAUACAAUUAAGCUGCUUGUGUAAUAGCGACUUUAAUUCCUUUACUCUAUGGUGGAAGUGUGUUGUUGUAAUAUAGGUAUAUUUUCAAAGUGUAUUUUGAUCAGUACUGGAAACCUGUAUUCAGUUCCUGUAAUAAAAUAAACGACCGAUUUGUU